AUGGUGUCAGGACAGAGAGACAAUGUGGAGCUCAAUGAACCUACCUCAUUUCUUGAUGUCGACAUCCCUGAACACGCAGACCCGAUGUUCCAGGUCGAUGACAUCAAGUGUGAAUAUCAUCCCAGCAGUGGGAUGGCACCAGAAUUCUGUAACCGGUGCACUUCCUGGGAGGAAAAAUUCACAUUUCAGAACCACAAAGACAUCCGCAACACAUGGGAUGCUGUCUCCAAUCACAUCACUGGGUGCUUCUCAAAGUUAAAUGGCAAGACUUUCAUACAUUUUACAGAUGAACCUUUCACUGCCAACACCUUUUGGAAUGUUCAAUCUCAGCUACCACCGGGUGGCAAGCCCUUAGCUUUCAUUUUGUAUGCUGACAAAACUAGGUUAUCCUCGUUCGGUACUGCAAGAGGAUAUCCCAUUGUUGCACGUCUAGCAAACCUACCUACAGACAUUCAUAAUGGACAGGGUGUGAAGGAAGACAGAGACCACGCCGGCAAGCCAAGCUGGGUCAACUUCAAGAAUGCUGUUUGGCACGAGUCAUUCUUAAAGAUCCUCUCUCCACUAGCAUCAAAGUCUCACACAGGACAAUGGUUCCAGUGCCUUGAUAGCGUUCAAUGGUGGUUCUUUCCUUUCAUCCUAAUAUUAUUGGCUGACUAUGAGGAACAUCUGUCUCGUUCCCCACGACAAACUUUUGGACACAUUGAAUCCCAGGAAGUCUUAAAGGCUGCACAGGCCAAGGAAACUGCUGAGGAGAAGGAGGAGAAACUAAAAGAGUAUGGCCUUCGUCAUAUCACAAUGGUGAUCCAUGCUUCACACACAAUUUUGACAGAGGAUGACUGUCUGCUUGGCUACCUCCUACUCUGUUGUAUCUGCCUUUUUCUCGAACUCAAUGCGUAUGCAGCACUUGAAGUUCAUACAACUGAGACCAUCAGUGCCAGCCGGCAUGCAAUACAAGCUUUCUCGACCUAUCUACAUCAAUACAUAGACAAGAGUGCCGAUGAGAGCGAUAAAAAUUGGAACUUCCCCAAACUGCACAUGAGCUCGCACAUCUUUGAUAACAUUGAAGUGAAAGGUGCAACACGUAACUACAACACAAAGCCGAAUGAGAAGAUGCACGGGUCGCUGAAAGACUUGUACUUACUGCGCACCAAUUUCAGGGAUGUGGCGCCACAGAUACUGCGCAUAAACCACUGGCAAGUGGCAGCUGAGAGCAUUCGCCGCCACAUAUCAGACCUCAAUGAGUAUGAGUCAUGA